AUGGAGGUUGUGGCAGCAGCGAACAUUAUUAGAGAUGAUGAGAUUUCCAUAGCGAAGAGAAUGAGAGCAUUGUUCUACCUGCGAAAUGAAACGACACCGGAGUCUGUAAGUGCGAUUGCUGGAGGAUUUGGAUGCAAGUCUGUUCUACUAAAGCAUGAAGCAGCAUAUGUGCUUGGACAAAUGUGCAUGGAUGAGUCAAAAGAUGUUCUUAUGCGGGUUCUUUCUGACGAGGACGAGGACGAGAUAGUCAGGCACGAAGCAGGAGAGGCUCUGGGCAAUUUUGAGUUAUCGGAGGAUAUACUGCAGAUACUAGACAGAUAUUCGCAGCAUGCCAGGAAGCCGAUUUCUGAGACAUGCUACAUUGCAGGAAUGAAUAUCCGGGAACGAGGAUGCUCAAAAGGCGAGAUAUCUAAGCACGGGUCGAGAGAUCCGGCACCUCCGAUGGAAGGCAAUUUUGAAGAUGCAAGGCGAAUUCUAUUGGAUAUGUCUGAGUGCAUGUACAGAAGAUACCAAGCGAUGUUUUUCCUGAGGGAUCUUGGCAGUGCAGAUGCUGUUCAUGCGCUUGGAGAAGCAAUGAAUGAUUGCUCAGCACUUUUCAAGCAUGAGAUUUCAUUUGUGUUUGGGCAAAUGCGAAACAAAGAAUCGAUUCCAUAUUUGGUCGAAAAGAUGAAUGAUGCCAAUGAGCAUGGAAUGGUCAGGCAUGAGUGUGCAGAGGCUUUGGGUGCAAUAGGCAAUAGUGUGGCGCUUGAGGCGUUGGUCAAGCACAUUGAGGACCCGUGUGACAUUUUGAGGGAAAGCGUUGAGGUUGCUGUAGACAUCCACAACUACAUAACUAGCGAUGAGCUUGAGUAUUGUAAGUGUUGA